CCAUCAGUCCUCAUUUUCAUUUUAGGGUUUUUACCCCUUCUUCUUCGUCGUUCUUUGUGUGAAUUUCGUCGUUCUUCGUCACAAAGUAGUCCUUACUUUGUGAUUUUGUUCUCUGGUUGUUAUUUUUCAGGUUCUAGGCUGGUGAUCUAGAUUUCGAAACAAGGGUUUUCUCUGAGUUUCAGCAUCCAAAAAUGGAUCCAGAAAAUGGAAAUGGUGAUGCUUUGCCACCUCCUCCACCUGUCCCAGAAGAUGUUGUUCCAAUAAAAGCGGAGCCUGAGAAAAAGAAGGUGAUGAGGGUGCCCAUGGGGAGGCGUGGUCUGGCCACCAGAGGCAACAAGGUUCAACUGUUGACCAACCAUUUCAAAGUCAACGUCUCUAAUGUUGAUGGACACUUCUUCCACUACAGUGUGGCACUUUUUUAUGAGGAUGGACGCCCAAUAGAUGGGAAAGGCAUUGGAAGAAAAGUGCUUGAUAGAGUCCACGAAACAUAUGGUUCUGAAUUAGCAGGAAAGGAGUUUGCUUAUGAUGGUGAAAAAAGUUUGUUUACUGUUGGAGCUCUUCCAAGGAACAAACUUGAAUUCACUGUUGUUCUUGAAAAUGUCACUUCAAACCGUAACAAUGGAAAUGCUAGCCCUGGAAGCCCUGACAAUGACAAGAAGAGAAUCAGGCGUUCGUAUCAAUCAAAGACUUUCAAAGUGGAGCUGAGUUUUGCAGCCAAAAUCCCAAUGCAGGCAAUUGCACAGGCUCUCAGAGGACAGGAAUCUGAAAACUCCAUGGAAGCCUUGAGGGUGCUUGAUAUCAUCUUAAGACAACAUGCAGCUAAACAGGGGUGUCUGCUUGUUCGACAAUCUUUUUUCCACAACGAUGUGAAGAAUUUUGCUGAUGUUGGAGGAGGUGUUCUUGGAUGCAGAGGAUUCCAUUCCAGUUUCCGCACAUCUCAGGGUGGUCUAUCCCUCAACAUCGAUGUGUCUACUACCAUGAUCAUCCAGCCUGGGCCGGUGGUUGAUUUUCUGAUUGCAAAUCAAAAUGUGAAAGAUCCCUAUUCUGUUGACUGGGCAAAGGCAAAGCGUACACUGAAGAAUCUGAGGGUGAAAACCAGCCCUACCAAUACUGAGUACAAGAUAACUGGUUUGAGUGAGAAGCCUUGCAAUCAGCAGCUGUUUUCGUUGAGGCAAAAGUCAAAAGAUGAGAAUGGUGAAUUCGAGACUUUGGAAGUUACUGUUUAUGACUAUUUUGUGAAUUAUCGCAAGAUCGAAUUGCGGUAUUCUGGUGAACUUCCAUGUGUGAAUGUUGGGAAGCCUAAAAGACCAACUUUCUUCCCCCUUGAGCUGUGUUCAUUGGUCUCUCUGCAACGCUACACAAAAGCACUCAACACAAUGCAAAGAUCCUCUUUGGUGGAGAAAUCCAGACAAAAGCCUCAAGAAAGAAUGAAGGUUUUAACCGAUGCACUAACACUCAAUAAGUAUCAUGAGGAACCUUUGUUGAAAUCAUGUGGGAUUUCAAUAAGCAACAGCUUCACACAAGUGGAAGGCCGUGUUCUUGCAGCUCCAAAGUUGAAAGUGGGUAAUGGUGAAGACUUCUUCCCGCGAAAUGGACGCUGGAACUUUAACAACAAAAAACUUGUGGAGCCCACGAAAAUCGAAAGAUGGGCUGUUGUGAACUUCUCUGCUCGCUGCAACAUUCAGAGCUUAGUGAAAGAUCUGAUAAAAUGUGGAGGAUUAAAAGGAAUCAAAAUUGACGAGCCUUUUGAUGCGUUUGAGGAGAGCCCACAAAACAGGAGGGCCCCACCUCUUGUUAGGGUAGAGAAAAUGUUUGAAAUGAUAAUGUCAAAGCUUCCUGGUGCCCCUCAGUUUCUACUCUGUUUGUUACCUGAAAGAAAGAACUCUGAUCUUUAUGGUCCUUGGAAGAAGAAGAAUCUGGCUGAUUUUGGUAUUGUGACCCAAUGCAUAGCUCCUAUGAGAGUCAAUGAUCAGUACCUCACAAAUGUCCUGCUUAAGAUCAAUGCUAAGCUUGGGGGUCUUAACUCAAUGUUAUGUGUGGAGCAUUCUCCUUCCCUUCCACAUGUUUCCAAGGCUCCCACAAUCAUUCUGGGCAUGGAUGUGUCUCAUGGGUCACCUGGCCAGUCUGAUAUUCCAUCUAUUGCUGCUGUUGUUAGCUCCCGACAUUGGCCUUUGAUCUCCCGCUAUCGAGCUUCUGUAAGAACUCAAUCUCCAAAGGUGGAGAUGAUAGAUUCCCUGUUCAAGAAAGUUUCUGACACUGAGGAUGAAGGCAUAAUGAGGGAGCUUCUCCUUGACUUCUAUACGAGUUCUGCAAAACGUAAGCCAGAUCAGAUAAUCAUUUUCAGGGACGGUGUGAGUGAGUCACAAUUCAACCAGGUGUUGAACAUUGAACUGGACCAAAUUAUCGAGGCUUGCAAGUUCCUAGAUGACAAGUGGAACCCAAAAUUUCUUGUGAUAAUUGCUCAGAAGAAUCAUCACACCAAGUUUUUCCAGCAAGGCUCUCCAGAUAAUGUUCAACCUGGAACUGUGAUCGAUAACAAGGUCUGUCAUCCUCGCAACAAUGACUUCUACAUGUGCGCACAUGCUGGCAUGAUUGUAAGCAACACACAACACAAAACAACACUUUCUUUUUUUCUUUCUUUGUCAAAUUCAAAUUCAAAUUACAUGUUUUUGUUUUUGAAAAUAUUUGAACAGGGGACAACCAGGCCCACUCAUUACCAUGUUCUGUAUGAUGAAAUCGGGUUCUCAGCUGAUGAUCUUCAGGAGCUUGUCCACUCCCUCUCCUAUGUUUACCAGAGAAGCACUACUGCCAUAUCUGUUGUUGCACCUAUUUGUUAUGCACAUUUGGCAGCGACUCAGGUGUCCCAGUUCAUGAAGUUUGAAGACCACUCGGAGACAUCCUCUAGCCAUGGUGGCACUGGGGUGACAUCAGCUGGAGCAGUUGCGGUUCCUCAGCUGCCAAAACUUCAGGAGGCUGUUGCAAACUCCAUGUUUUUCUGCUAAGCUAAGCUAAUAAAUGUUUGUCUGUCUGUCUCUCUGGUAGACAGUAGUAGUAGUAGUAGUAGUAGUAAGUUGUUAAUCAUGUGUGGAUAGAGGUUAAGGCCUGUUUGUUUGUUUGUUUGUAUGUAUGUGAAUGAAGGAAUGUUAGGAUAGGAUGAUGUUUGCUGUCACUUAGAUUGUGGUCGAUGACUCUGACUUAUGAUGUUUUUUGGAUGUAUGCAUGCUUAUGCUUGUUUUGGUUGGAUCUAAA